AUGAUGGGCGGUGGUGGCGGCGGAGGUAACGGAGGAGACGCUGAACGAUGGCUAGCUACGGCGGAGAAGCUACUCUUAUCCGGCGACCUAAACGGUUCAAAGACCUACGCGAUCCGUGCAUGCGAGGCCGAUCACUCACUCGUAGACCACGCCGAGCUUAUCCUCGCCGUCGCCGAUACUCUAAUCGCCGGUGAAACUCGAAUCCGCGGAAGCACAGCCGAUCUCCCCGACUGGUACGCCGUCCUCCGACUCGUUCGUCUCACUCACAACCCCGAACUCGUCGCGACUCAGUACAGUAGACUCGCCGUGUUGCUCAACCCGAGCCGGAAUCGGUUCCCGUACUCCGACCAGGCUUUCCGGCUGAUCUCCGACGCGUGGUAUGUUCUCUCCGAUUCUACUAGAAAGGCAUUGUACGAUAGGGAAUUGCAUCUGAGUCAGUUUGGGCAACUCGGUCAAUUAGGGUUUCAGCUUUUCAAUCAGCCGCAGUCGCAAUCGCAAUCACAAUCACAAUCGCCUCAACACCAACAGCAAUCGCAAUCGCCUCAACACCAACCUCAGUCUCAGCAACAAACGGUGUCGUAUCAGAACCAGCAGUUACCAUUUCAGCUUCAUCAACAACCUCAGCAACAGCCACAUUUCUCUCAGAGUCAACAAAGAUCACAGUUUGAUCAGCAGCUGAUGCAAUCACAGUCAAUGCAAGAGCAACAACAAGCGUCUUGGCGUCAACAGUUUGGUCAAGAGCAGCAGCAAAGUGAGUCAAUUAGGGAAGAAAGAUUGAUAAAUUUGAACAAUGCAACAGAUAGGGUCCAAUCUAGUCGUCGUUUCCAUGAGCCUGAUAGGUCAUCUCAUAGGAAUCAUUCAACUGAUCUGACAUGGCCGUCUAAUAAGACCACCGCUGCAACGUCGGAGACUGUGUCAUGGAAAUCGUCUGAGCCUGCUAGGCAAUAUCAGUCGUCUAGGUCCACUGAAGCUGCUCAGCUCUCGCUGCUGCCUUCUGUUUCUGCACCUUUGGCUAGGCAGGUUCAGUCACAUUCAGUCUCUAAACCGCAGCCUGUCUCUAAACCGGUCUCUAAGCCAUUCCCAAUGUCUCAGCCACCAUUGAGCUCAGUGUCUCAGCCACCACCUACCUCUAAGCCCUUCCCGGUGUCUCAACCACCUCCGGCCACUAACCCAUUCCCUGUGUCUCAGUCAACACAAAAGUCUAAGCCUUUCCCGGUUUCUCAACCACCUCCGGCCACUACACCAUUCCCUGUUUCUCAGUCAACUCAAAAGUCUAAGCCUUUCCCGGUUUCUCAACCACCUCCGGCCACUAAUCCAUUCCCGGUGUCUCAGUCAACACAAAAGUCUAAGCCUUUCCCGGUUUCUCAGUCAUCACAAAAGUCUCAGCCAUCAUCAAACUCUAAGCAGAUCCCGGUGUCUCAACCACCACCAGCCACUAACCCUUUCCCUGUGUCUCAGCCACCACCGACCUCUAACCCAUUCCCAAUGUCUCAGUCAUCACAAAAGUCUCAGCCUUUCCCUGUGUCUCAGCCACCACCGGCCACUAACCCAUUCCCAAUGUCUCAGCCAUCGUCAAAUUCGAAGCCUUUCCCGGUUUCUCAACCAUCAUCGACUACUAACCCAUA